AUAUGUAUUUAUGUUGAUACAACAAUCAGUGUUGUCGUAAUUAGCUACUAUGUAUUUAAAUCGUUUGAAAUCGCCAGUCUACUUAUUAAGUGUUUUAAAGUUUGUGGUUUAAAGUUUUAAUAAGAACUACAGUUACUUAGAUCUAAAUUAAGAUGUUCGUAUUUUGGUCGGUCUUCUUAGGCUUAUUGGCCAUAACGUAUUUCUUGAUAUACAAAUACGUUACGAGGAACUUCUCAUUUUGGAAAAACCGAAAAAUAUUCUACAUAAAGCCUACACCUUUCUUUGGAAACCUUUUACCAGUUUUUACAAUGAAGACCACCAUUGGAGACUUAAUCAUGGACUUCUACAAGCGCACUGAAGAUGACUACUUCGGAAUAUUCGUUUUGGACAGGCCGGUCUUAGUCGUCAGAUCUCCCAAGCUUGCCAAAAAUAUUAUGUUGAAAGAUUUUGCCAGUUUCCACAACAGGGUGAUCACCACUUCAGACAAGGACCCAAUCCUAUCCAACAUGUUGUUUUUCAAUAAAAGAUCCAUGUGGAAAGUGAUUCGUGCCAAGUUAACACCUGUUUUCACAUCAGGAAAGCUCAAAGCAAUGUUGCCAGUGAUUAUACAAGAAAGUGAAGCUUUAAAAUCUUAUAUUGAUGGAAAAUUGUUAGGUGUUCCUAAUGUAGAAACUAAAGAAGUUUGUGGUAAAUACUCCACCAAUUUGAUCGCUCUCACUGCUUUUGGAGUGGACGCCAAGUGUUUUGAAAACGAGAAUGCGGAAUUCAGAGCAAUUGGUAAAGCUAUUUGGGAAACGUCAUUUUCAAAUGCCGUAAGACAGUUGGGUUCAAAUUUUUUUCCUGGUCUUAUCAACACCUUCGGCAUCUCCUUUGUGAGUGGCAAAUUGAUCAAACAAAUGAAAUCGAUAAUAAAUAGCGUAAUCAACACAAGAAAUCAACUGAACCAAAACAAAGGCAACGAUCUUAUUGACAUUUUGAGAGGCAUGGAUGGAGCAAACAUGUCUAAUGACAUGAUUCUGGCUCAAGCAGUUCAAUUUUUCGUCGCAGGAUUUGAUACAAUCAGUUCCACUAUGAGUUUCACCUUGUACGAGCUCGCCAUGAACCAAGAUAUUCAGGAUAAGCUAAGGUUAGAAAUCAAAGAAAAUCUCGAAGCAAAUCAUGGUGUGACGUAUGACGGAUACAACGAAAUCAAGUACCUCGACAUGGUCAUUUCAGAGGCAUUAAGAAAAUACCCAGUACUGCCUUUCUUGGAAAGGGAAUGUACCUCCACCUACAAAUUUGAAGGAACAGAUCUUGUUGUAGAAAAAGGGCAAGCUGUCUAUAUCUCUACGUUCGGAAUGCAGUACGAUGAGAAGUACUUUCCAGAUCCAGAAAGAUUUGAUCCCGAAAGAUUCUGUGAUAAAAACGAGAUAAACAAAGAAGGUUUCUAUUUUACACCUUUUGGCGAGGGUCCUAGAAUAUGCAUUGGCAACAGAUAUGGACUUAUGGCAGUAAAAGUGGGUUUAAUUGCAAUUUUAUCAAGGUUCAGAGUAAUAAGAAGUUCGAAAACUCCAGAAAAAAUUACAUUUGAACCUAAAAGUUUUUUGGUUCAGGCAUCAGGAGGGAUACCACUGCAAUUUGCACCCUUAUAAAUAAUCAUUAUUAUAUGUCAUUCAUUUAAGCAAACUGUAGGCAUAUUGUAUUACAAAAAUGAUUUUUAAUUAAAAGUGUAAUCAAAUUACAUAUAAUAUUAUAAAAAUUUUAAAAGAAAAAAUGUCACAAAAAAAAUAUUUAAAUUUUAUAAAUUUGUUUUUUCUAUAAACUUUAUUUCCUGACCACGGAUUAGGUAUACUAUAAAAGGCUAUAAGUAUACAGAUAAAAAUCUUGUCCCUAAUUCGUGGUUCGGAAAUUGUUUUUUAUGACGGUGAGCAAACGAGUAAAAUUUCCUGUGCACAAAAAUAAACUCGUUAGAAACCCUGUAAAACAUACAAAAACGGGACACCCUGUGCAUUCAAAAACAGAUAAAUUUAUAAAUAAAUAUUUAAAAAAUGAA